AAUCCUUAUCAGGGAAAUAACUAUACGCAAAGAUAGGAAGGCAAGGCUCGACGUACGCCGCUGAACGGGAGAGCAGCACAUCUCGGUUGAUUUGAAGAUCGAACGCACGGCAGGCUGCGGGUUUCCUCUGCCGCUACCUCCGUUUUACGCGGCCGGCGCGCAGCCAUGGCGAUGGUGCAGGCGGGCAUGGGCCUCACCCGGGUCGUGGUCCUCGUUGGCGCCGGCGUCGCCGGCUCCGUCGUUCUCCGCAACGGUCGCCUCGCCGAGAUCCUCGGUGAGCUUCAGGGGAUACUCGACAAGGGGAACAAGGGGAAGGACGGAGGAGGGGGAGACGGGGAAACCGAUCUCAACGAGGCUCUUACCUCGCAGGUGCGCCGCCUUGCCAUGGAGAUCCGGCAACUUGCUAAUUCACAACCAAUAACUGUUCUCAAUGGAGGUUCUGGACAAUCAGGAGUAUCAGGCCUGAUAGUACCUGCAGCAACUGUUGGAGCACUAGGUUAUGGUUAUAUGUGGUGGAAAGGGAUCUCGUUCUCAGACCUAAUGUAUGUCACCAAGCGCAACAUGGCAAAUGCUGUUUCAAGCAUGACUAAACAUUUGGAGCAAGUGCAAAGUUCUCUUGCUGCUGCUAAAAGGCAUUUGACACAGCGCAUUGAAAAGUUGGACGAUAAAUUGGAUCAGCAGAAGGCUCUAUCUGGACAAAUAAGAGAUGAUGUCACUGAUGCACGUCUGAAGCUUGAGAAUAUUGGUUCAGAAAUCAAGAACAUCAAAGAAUUGGUUUGGGGUCUGGAUGGGAAAAUUGAUUCAAUGGAAGCUAAACAGGACUUCUCAUGUGCUGGUGUGAUGUACCUCUGCCAAUUCAUGGAGCAAAAUGGUGGAAAGCUUCCGGAUCGCCUGGAAGGCUCCAAAAUGACGACAAAACGUUUUGGAGGCCAAAAGUUCUUACAGGGAUUGCAACUGGCAAUAGAAUCAGGGAAUUGUGGCAAGGACACCAUUGAUAUGCUGUUGAAAGAUGCUGAUUCCUCUGAUAAAAUAAACAGGACGUCCUCCAUCAAAUCUGCCAGCUAAUUAUUAUCUGGUCGAUACUGAUUCGAUGCCCAGUCGGAAUAUUUAUAGGGUUUUCAUUACAAGUAAAUAUGUAAAUAGCUGCAGCCUUUUGCUUGCAGGAAGUGCAUUUUGUUUAAUUUGUAAGCUUCGCAAAAUGCUAGUAGUUGCUACUACGUAGGAACCUAGUCAUGCUUUAAUUUUGUGGUUUCGCUUUGUGAAACGAGAAUGCAACACGUAAUAAACGAAAAACACCGGUUGGCUUUACAAUGUGGACUUGUAACUUAAGGCCGUUUGGAUCUUGUCAUUUUUAGAGGAAUUGGAAUCUACUGUGUAGAUUAUUUGGCUUGAAAUUUGAUGUUCCACCACUUUGUAAAAUUCAAAUACAAGUCUAUCUCAUUCCUCAUAGGAUAGAGGGAUGGAAAUGAUUUUUAUGUAUCA